CAUUCCGAACUUGAGGCUCGGACUCAAAACGAACCCGCCAAAUAUUACUCCCUCUCUCUCUCUCUAACAACUGACCCUAAUCUCUGUGACUCGUUCCUUCCUUCCAUUCUUCCAUUUCGCAUCCAUGGCGUCAGGGGAACCAGAAUCGUUCGUCGACAAGAUUGAAGAAAAGUUUCACGACAACAACUCCGAUUCCGAUUCGUAUUCUGAUUCCGACGACGAUCACAACAAGAAGAAGAAGCCACCGGUUCCGUCCUCCAAACCCAAUGUCUACCGCCUCUUCGGCCGCGAUCGCCCCGUUCACAAGGUCUUAGGCGCUGGAAAACCUGCUGAUAUUCUGCUAUGGAGGAGCAAGAGAAGUACAGCAACUGUACUCGGUGCCGGCACUGCCUUGUGGAUUUUCUUUGAGUUGCUGGAAUAUCACCUCAUAACUUUUGUUUGCCAUUUAUCCAUUUUGUCUCUGGCUGGCCUGUUCUUGUGGUCCAAUGCAUCUGUUUUUAUCCACAAGUCUCCACUGCACAUCCCGCAUAUUGCGAUUCCUGAGGAUUGUGCGCUUCAGGUUGCUUCUGCUAUAAGAGUUGAAAUUAACCAAGCCUUUGUUGUUUUGCGGCAGAUCGGAACUGGAAGAGAUAUAAAGAAGUUCCUUAGCGUUAUUGGUAUCCUGUGGGUUGUCUCAGUUGUUGGCAAUUGGUUCAACUUCUUGACCUUGUUUUACAUAUUCUUUGUGUCACUGUUCACAUUGCCACUGAUAUAUGAGAAAUACGAAGACCAGGUUGAUGCACUAGCUGAGAAGGCAAUGAUUGAGAUCAAGAAGCAGUAUGCAGUUCUUGACGCUAAGGUUUUGAGCCAGAUACCGAUACCGGGGUUGAAAAAGGAUUAGAAUCAGGUUUACUGUUAACAGUAGAUGGUUGUUCUGUUCUGAUGUCAAAUUUCUAAGUCUUACCGUAACUCAUUCUUCCUCUAUCAAUUAUUUGAGGAAAAUUUAGUUUGAGGAAUAAAAAGUCCACCUAAAAUUAAAUGUUAGAGCAUCAACAUUUUGUUGUAUAAAUUGACUUGAUGAACGUGUAACCCUGUCAUCUAAGUGAGUGCUUGCCAAGUUUAAUUUUCACCCUCUUUUUCCUA